CUUCAAAUUUCAAGUGCCUUUGAUCUUCCUUUGCCCCCAUAUUUUCAUCAACAAUUUCACUCCUUUCAAUCCCUUUUCUUCAGAUGGAGAAUCCUGAUCAAGUAAAUUCAUCACCAACUACAACCAAUCCUUCCAUGUCCUCCACAUCCGAUGAAAAAGAUCAAAAUUAUCCUUCAUACGUCUCCAAUUUGAAUUGUCCAAUCGAUCCAAAAUUUACUGAGAAUUCGUUGUCGGAGAUCCCAAACGUCGAUCUGGAUUCUGUGUUUCAGGCAUCAUUGCCCUAUGAUCCAUUGACAAAUUACCUCUCUCCUCGUCCUAGAUUUCUCCGAUACAAACCAAGUAAACGGCGGGAGAUCUUUUUGAGAACUUUUGGUGAGGAUUCUCUGUCGGUUUCUCACACUUCAUCUUCUGAAGAAAAAGGAACUAAUAUUAAAGAGGAGGAGGAACAGCUUGAGGUGGAAAGUGAGGGGAAAUCUAAUGGAAUUGAUGAUGAAGGUGAAGGAGAUGAGGAGGAGGCGAAUAGAGGUUGGAAAUUGUUGAAGUUUCUGGUGGUAGUUGUGAGUUUGAUUUCGUCUACCUUGUAUAUCAGUUCGAUGAACUCGGCUUCACCUUCAUUUGAAGUUUCAGGAGCCUUCAGGUCUGGUUCUUUCCCGAUUUUGAAUCAUACAAUCGAGUUUUGGUCGAGCCCAGUGGUGGAAUCUGUUUAUGGGAAUGGAAGGAAUUUUUGGGAUGAAGAAGUUACCGAGUCUGAGUCAAUGAGGAAUUGUGAAGGUGUUGGACAACUGGUUGAAAAAAGAGAAAAACCACUAGCUGGGCAAUGUAUCACUGAGGAGAUGGCUGAAGGUGAAACAAGUAGCGUUGAGUUGCUGAACUUUGGAGAUACUGGUGAUCGGAACAAAAUAAAAGAACCUGAAAUGUCUAAUACAACAACUUCUGUCCCUUGUGAAACAUCAGAAAAAAAUGAAAUCACGGAAGCUUCGAAUGUCAAUGGACUUGAUGAGGUCAAGUUGUUAUCUAACAUUUCAACUGCUGCCGAGAAUGAGUACGCUUCUCAAAUGAAGGUGGUUGAGAAGGAAAAAGAGGAAGAUUUGGAAAUGAUUGAAAACAACACAGGGCAAUCUGAGAGUUUUGUUAUUGAGGUGGAUAAAAUAACUCAAGCUUCAAAUGUCAAUGGAUUUGAUGAGGACAAGUUGUUGUCUAACAUUUUAACUGUUGCUAAAAAUGAGUACACUCCUCAAAUGGAGGUAGUUGAAAAGGAAGAAGUGGGAGAUUUGGAAAUGGUUGAAAGCAACACAGGGAAAUCUGAGAGUUUCGUUAUUGAGGAGGAUAAAGUCACCAUUUUGGACGGGAUCAAAAACAGAUUAUCCAGUUUUGUUGAAGAUCUGGAGAAACUGAAGUCUAAGCUUGUCGAGCUGAUGCACACUGAAACUGAAUCUGUGCUUAAGGCAGUACUUGGACUUUCAGUAUCAUCUGCAGUGCUGACUUGUUUGGUUUCGUCUUUCCAACUUAAGAAGAAUUUAGAUGAUACAAAAGUACCAGCCAUUUCUGUGAGUGUAGAACCGUUGCUUCAGGGUCCAGUUGCAAAAGCCGAGAAAGUUACCGUGAGGAAAUCAUCUUCAAUUAAGGCUACUCGUGAUGUUAAUAGAACAAAUAACGAGAUUAUCAGGAAUGUUGAUUCUUUCAAAAAGCUCUCAUCUUCUAUCCAUUCAAGAGAUGAAGGAGAAAAUUUCAAAAAAAUGCACCAUAAUGAAGCUUCAACAGUUCAGUUCCUUGGUGAGUUCGUAGUUGGAGAGAUCAGCAACUCUCUUAAGAACAAGGGUAAAUUGAAGAACUGGAUGAUGGAGGUAGAAGAUAGCAAUUUUGCUGGUUCAGUUGAAGAGGAACCAGUGAGCAAGAAUAAGACUUCUGGACCUGAGCAAGCUUUGUCAGAGUUCUCUGCCACGACUUCUUCCCCAUCCUACGGAAGCUUUACCACUAAAAAGAAGAUCGUCAAAAAAGAGGUGGGAGGAGAUGGUGAAGUAAAAUCGAUCCCAACCCCAGUGAGAAGAUCAAACAGAAUUAGAAACCGUAUGAUGAAAUGAGCCAUGACAUGCGCUUCUGCUUUUUGAACAUUAUUUAUUAUUGGAACAGCAACCUCCGUUGUUCAUAUUGUUUGCUUUGUUCCAGUCUAGUAUUCCUGAAAUUCAUUCUAGACAGACUUCAUAACUGAUAGUCAUUUAGAUUACUUUCUCUCUUUGAGAGUUUAGUGUCA